AAACGAGGCCGUUGAACAAGACACAAAAUAACAUAAAGUGAAGAAAAGAAUUAUCCAAGAUAAAAGGUCAUAGGAAUUCUGGGAUACCCGGAAGUAAACAACAAUGACGGGAGACGUUUGUAACUAUGGCUGAAGAAAUUAACAACAAUAUGACAUAGAAGCCAGUAUGGAGGUUGAAGACAUCAUAUCUAAAACACACCAUAUCUCAGACACUGACCAACAUUACCAAAUCAGCAUGAGCUCCGUUACGCCAUCUAAUGGCACCACUGCGGCGCCAUCUACCAACUGUGAUGUCUUGGACUAUAACUAUGAUAUCCCCCCAGCAGUUAUCUCAGGGUUCUGUUUCAUUUUCGGAAUUGUAUAUUGUUUUUUUGGAUACAGAUUCUUCAAGGCAGUAAUGUUCCUGACAGGGUUUAUAUUUGGAGCAUUGUUAACCUACCUUGUUUGCCUUGAAGAGAAUCUCCUACCCUGGUAUGGCAAGAUAGGUGUCGCUCUAGGGGCGGGAAUCCUCUGUGGACUAAUCACAAUGCUUGUACAAUAUGUUGGAUUAUUCAUGACGGGACUUCAUACAGGAUUCUUUACUGCAGUCACAGCCCUUAUUAUCAUUAACAUAUUUUAUAUGCCAUCAACAAAGUGGAUUCCAAUAGGGAUUAUCUUCGGCUGUGGACUACUAUUCGCCUUAUUGAAUUUAUAUUUUCAAAAAGGCUUCACAAUGUUUGGAACUAGUGCAUUCGGUGCAGCUUUGAUGCUUGUCUGUUUGGACUACUUCGUUGAGAAGUUUAUGCUUAUGUUGUUUAUUUGGGACCGGGUUAUGGCGGAGGUGUCACAAGACGUUUGUUGGUAUAGUUGGCUGUUGCUAGGUUGCUGGCCUGCUGCGUUUAUCAUAGGUACCAUGGCUCAGUGCCUCGUCACAGGGAAAGAUGUCAAUCACAAAGAAGUGACGCGGAUACGAAAGAGGCGAGUUGUAGGCAAAAAUAAGCAGAGGACAGUUAACCUGGAAAGAAUCCGAGAGCGUGAGAGACAACAUGAAAAUACUUCCAAGUACCGCCAUCUAUAUCAAGUAAGAAGAGGAAAUGGAGACGUAAUCUCACAGGGUUUUAUCCAGAACAUCCAUCGCCACUUAUCCCCAGCAAUGCGUAGUCUCACAAACAUUGAACCAGGGGAUAAUGUACCAUCUAGCGCCAAUACUACACUUACCAACACUACCAUCACUCGAGUACAUAUGGACCACACACCACCACAAACUGUCAUUUCUGAGUAAUACAGCUGAAGUAGGAUGGUCAAAGAAUUACUACUGGAAUUACUGGGUCCAUCAGUCCUUAGUACUAUUUUGAUCUAGGAAAUAACUGUAAUCCAUUGUGGUCAAGAAACCACAUUGGCAUAUUAUGGUCAAGGAAUUAUUGGGCCCAAUAGUGGUCAAGAAGUUUGUGGGGCCUCUCAUGGACAAGGAGUUACUGGGCCCUGGGUCUUACUGUGGUUAAGGAAUUGCUGGACCAUGUGGUCAAUGAAUCUAUAUUCUAUAAGUGUACUUCAGUUGCUGGAAGAUCUCUUGAAAGCCCACAAGCUACCUUUUAUAUAAUUCACUCGUAACUCCAUGUAUAUAGCAAGUGUGUAGAUGUCUACUUGGGUAUUCCUACCUAAAUGCAGUAUUAUAUUGUGAAUACCUGUUGGUCAGAGUGACCUAUUACAAUGCUGAACCCUUGUGGUCUGUGAAUGAGGAU